GAUUGGCACUGUUUCUUGGUGGCAUCAUUGGACGGGCGAUGGACGAGUUGAUCGUCGGGGUGCAAGGCCUCCUGGAUGACAUGCGCUCUAUUGAAGCGAAAAAUCAGCAGCAUGGGUUCAAGGCUACGUUCUGGCAGCAGAACAGCGAUUUCAGCCUGGGCCGUGAUGUGCUUAUCGCGGCGGGUGGGUCCAUCUCGCAUGCAGUGACGAAGUUCUCGCUGGUGCUGGGCAAAGAAAAGGUGACCCCAGACUCGUACUCGGUGUGCCCCACGCUGUUUCAACCGUGCGAGCAACUCCUGUCCGCAUUGAAAGUCGCGGUGUUCGCUGGCGCUGGGUACGCGCUGACCAAGGAGUUGUGCUCUGGCGUGCACGGUAUCUUUGCCAACGUAUUGGAUCUGUCCAAGCGACUCGAGGCAAAAGACCUCACUCGAGUGCCGGAGCUCACGGGGCGCAUUUGGGACGGCUGUGCUGCACUCGAGACCCUGUCCAAGUCCAACUUGAUUGCCACCAAGCGGGUCAUGCUUCAGAGUGUGUCGGUGCUCAAUGACACGGUGCAGGAGCUCAGUGGAGACCUUCAAGCGGCCACAGAAGCGCUUAUUAACGAGCAGACGACUGACAACGAUCAUGGCGCGCGCGACGUCGAACUCGAGGACGACUUGGACUUCGAUAUGGAUGGAGUGUUGUCCGAGCAUGAAGUCCACCAGUUCAAGUUGUGUGUGGAGAUGCUUCAGAUGGCGGCUGCAAUUGCAAAGAAGGGCGUGCUAGCGCUGAAUUCAGUGGCCGACGGGCAAGACGGAUGUAUGCAGUGGGGUGCGACGUUUCCCUCUCUCUACGACGCACUCUACGACGCUGUCGUCGACAUGGGCGCAGACUUGAGUCCUCCGUUUGAAGCGUCCGUCGUGGCAGAGCACGUCGAGGUGCUCCAGCGCGCGGCGACUGCAGUGCUGACCCACUUGCAGCACCAGCCCGGCACGGACCGCCCGCAUGCCGACGUGGCCAAAGGCCUCCAAGCAUUCCAAGACAAAUCCGCCGCGGCCUUGACAGCACUUCGACAUGGCGACGACGGAGGCGUCUAUUAAAUAUAUAUAAAGCAUAGUCGCUACUGCGGCUUGCCGUUUGGAAGCGCGACCACCUCGUCCAA